GGCCUUGCCCAGCUGGAGAUCCUGUGUAAGCAGCUGUAUGAGACCACCGACACCGCCGUCCGACACCAGGCAGAGAAAGCUCUGGUGGAGUUCACCAACAGCCCCGACUGUCUCAGCAAAUGUCAGCUGCUGCUGGAGAGAGGCAGUUCAUCUUAUUCUCAGCUGCUUGCGGCCACCUGUUUGUCCAAACUGGUAUCUCGAACCAGCAACCCUCUGCCCCUCGAACAACGCAUUGACAUCCGGAACUAUGUGCUGAAUUAUUUGGCCACUCGGCCAAAGUUAGCAGCAUUUGUGACCCAGGCUUUGAUCCAGCUGUACGCAAGGAUCACCAAACUGGGCUGGUUCGACUGUCAGAAGGACGACUACGUCUUCAGGAACGUCAUCGCUGAUGUGACGCGCUUUCUGCAGGACAGCGUUGAACACUGCAUCAUAGGGGUCACCAUCCUGUCCCAGCUGACCAAUGAGAUCAACCAGGCUGACACGACGCAUCCCCUGACCAAACAUAGGAAGAUUGCAUCGUCUUUCAGAGAUUCCUCCCUCUUCGACAUUUUCACGCUUUCCUGCAACCUCCUCAAACAGGCUUCGGGGAAGAACCUGAACCUGAACGAUGAGUCUCAGCACGGUCUGUUAAUGCAGCUGCUCAAACUCAGCUACAACUGCCUCAACUACGACUUUAUAGGAACUUCCACAGACGAGUCGUCGGACGACCUCUGCACCGUACAGAUCCCCACGUCAUGGAGAUCAGCGUUUCUUGAUUCCUCCACCCUGCAGCUCUUUUUCAAUUUAUAUCAUUCCAUCCCUCCGUCCCUUUCCCCGCUGGUGUUGUCGUGUCUAGUUCAGAUCGCCUCUGUCAGGAGGUCUCUCUUCAACAAUGCAGAACGAGCAAAGUUUCUUUCACACCUGGUGGACGGAGUCAAAAGGAUACUAGCAAACCCACAGUGUUUGCCAGAUCCUAAUAACUACCACGAGUUCUGCCGGCUGCUGGCGAGGCUGAAGAGCAACUACCAACUGGGGGAACUGGUCAAAGUAGAAAACUACCCUGAAGUCAUUCGCCUCAUAGCCAACUUCACCGUCACCAGUCUGCAGCACUGGGAGUUUGCCCCCAACAGUGUUCACUACCUGCUGAGUCUGUGGCAGCGUCUGGCAGCAUCGGUCCCCUACGUCAAAGCCACCGAGCCUCAUCUGCUGGAGACCUACACUCCCGAGGUCACCAAGGCCUACAUCACAUCACGGCUCGAGUCGGUCCACGUCAUCCUCAGAGAUGGGUUAGAAGACCCUCUGGAUGACGCUGGCCUGGUUCAGCAGCAGUUAGACCAGUUAUCCACCAUCGGGAGGUGCGAGUAUGAGAAGACGUGUGCUCUGCUGGUCCAGCUGUUCGACCAGGCAGCUCAGACCUACCAGGAGCUACUACAGUCCACCAACUCGAGCGCCGCAGACAUCACUGUGCAGGAGGGUACGAGCUGCACACAAAUGGGGAUUGAAGCUCAAGCUUUAAAUUGUCGGUUGACAUGGCUGGUUUAUAUAAUCGGGGCUGUGAUCGGAGGACGGGUGUCGUUUGCAAGUACAGAUGAGCAGGACGCCAUGGAUGGAGAGUUAGUCUGUCGGGUGCUCCAGCUGAUGAAUCUGACUGACUCUCGUCUAGCUCAGGCCGGCAACGAGAGACUGGAGCUGGCUAUGCUCAGCUUCUUUGAACAGUUCAGAAAGAUCUACAUCGGCGAUCAGGUGCAGAAAUCAUCAAAGCUUUAUCGACGACUAUCAGAGGUUCUGGGGUUGAAUGACGAGACGAUGGUACUCAGUGUCUUUAUAGGGAAAAUCAUCACAAACUUGAAGUACUGGGGCCAGUGUGAACCAAUCACCUCCAAGACACUCCAACUACUGAACGACCUCUCUUUAGGAUACAGCAGUGUGAGGAAGCUGGUGAAGCUCAGUGCCGUCCAGUUCAUGUUGAAUAACCACACAAGCGAGCACUUCUCCUUCCUGGGAGUGAACAACCAGUCCAAUCUGAGCGACAUGAGAUGUCGGACCACCUUCUACACGGCACUCGGACGCCUGCUAAUGGUCGAUCUAGGCGAGGACGAGGACCAGUUUGAGCAGUUCAUGCUGCCUUUGACGGCUGCGUUUGAAACUGUGGCUCAGAUGUUGAGUACAAACACCUUCAACGAGCAGGAGGCCAAGAGGACUUUGGUGGGUUUGGUCCGAGACCUGCGAGGCAUCGCGUUCGCCUUCAACGCCAAGACGAGCUUCAUGAUGCUCUUUGACUGGAUAUAUCCAGCCUACAUGCCCAUACUGCAGCGAGCCAUAGAGCUUUGGUACCAUGACCCAGCAUGCACCACGCCUGUCCUUAAACUUAUGGCCGAGCUCGUCCACAACAGAUCACAGAGGCUACAGUUUGAUGUGUCGUCGCCCAACGGGAUCCUGCUGUUCAGAGAAACCAGCAAGAUGAUCACAACCUACGGAAAUCGUAUCCUGACGCUGGGCGAGGUCCCGAAGGACCAGGUGUACGGGGUGAAGCUGAAGGGGGUCAGCGUGUGCUUCGCCAUGCUGAAGGCGGUGCUCAGCGGAAACUACGUCAACUUCGGGGUCUUCCGUCUGUACGGCGACGACGCUCUGGAUAACGCCUUACAGACCUUCAUCAAACUACUGCUCUCCAUCCCUCACAGUGACCUACUAGACUAUCCGAAGCUCAGCCAGUCCUUCUACUCUCUGCUGGAAGUGCUGACACAAGACCACAUGAACUUCAUCGCCAGUCUGGAGCCUCAUGUUGUCAUGUACAUCCUGUCUUCAAUAUCUGAAGGGCUCACCGCACUCGAUACGAUGGUGUGCACAGGCUGCUGCUCCAGUCUGGACCACAUAGUGACCUACCUGUUCAAGCAGCUGUCGCGCUCCACAAAGAAGCGUCCCACUCCGAUGGCAACAGACGAUCGCUUCCUCCACAUCAUGCAGCAGCACCCAGAGAUGAUCCAGCAG